GUGAAUGAGAAAAUGGAAUUGAAAAAAGUGAUAAAGGACAAGAAAUUCUGGUUUGCAUCUUUCCUUAUCACCUGGGCUGCAGCUCUCCAGGGACACAUGAUGUGGUUACAGCGCCAGGAUUCAUUCAAGCAAACGUUCCCCAAUAAUAACGAUACUACUACUACUACUCAAUCCUCCUCUUAAUUCUGUUCUAUUGUACUGUAGGUUUUCUUUCAUUUCUUCAAACCCUAACAUUUUCUUACAUAUGCUUUCUCUUCUCUGUUACCACUACGGAUCUGAUUGGAUUCACAUUUAUCUUGCUUCACUUUAUUCUGUGUUCUUGUACAAAUGACUUAUUAAUAAGUGCUUAUAUUAUAAGCACUAUAUUAACCUGUAAAAUAAAUUGUUAACACAGUCAUUUGUUAACAAAUUGGAUUUUC